CGCGCCCCUUCCGCGCGGCACGACGGCGACUUCGCGAAUGGUCGGGUCCUCCGCCGCGCGGGGAAGCGCGGCGCCGCCGCCCGCGGUCGUCGCCGCCGCGCGCGCGUCGUCGUCGCGUCGUCGCGUCGUCGCGCCGUCGUCGUCGCGUCGAGAUCUCCGCGUCAGCUCCUCCGGCGCGCGAGGCGAGCACGCGGUGACCGUCCCGCUGCCGUCGUCCGGCCCUCACGCGCCGCCGAGCGACGUCCGCGACGCCGUGAACGCGUGGCCGUGGCGCGGCGGCCUCGAACCGUGCGGCGACGUCGACGUCGCGCCGCUCCCGGCGGACGCGGUCGAGGGCGUCAUCCCUCCGGAACUCGCGGGAUCGCUCUACCGCGUCGGCCCCGGGCGGAUCCGCCUCGGGACGAAGAAGUACGCCCACUGGUUCGACGGCGACGGCUUCAUCUUCGCGAUCCACCUCGACCCGGAGACGAACACCGCGCGCGCGGGCGCGAAGAUGGUCCGCACGGAGCGAUACGAGAGGCAAGAGGCGAGGGGAGGCGCCGCGGCGAACGCCGUCGCUGUUCGAGGUGCCUGGACCCAAGCCGACUCCGUCUUCGACAACGUCUUCGCGUUCCCGACCAACCCGGGGAACACGUCGCCGAUGUUCCACGCCGGGUCGCUGCUCGUCCUGUGCGAGGGCGGCGCGCCGUACGAGGUGGACGCGACGUCGUUGCGAACGAAAGGCGUCAAGGUGUUCGGCUCGAACCUCCCGAUGGGAUUCAGCGCGCACGCGAAGAGAGACGCGGACGGGACGUUGUACACGUGGGGCCUCGCGAAGCCGCCCGCGAUCGGGAUGAGCGUCGCGAAGAUAACGAAGGACGGCGCCGUGGAGAAGGUGGUGCCGCUGCCGCUGAACGGCCCGGAGAUGACGCUGAUGCACGACGCGGCGAUGAGCGAAAACUACCUCGCCUUCAUCGUGCCGCCGUGGAAGCUGCCGAUGGGCGCGAUGGCCGGCGCGCUGUCCGGCGCGGGCUCGUUCGGGCACGCGUUCCGCUGGGCGGAGGAGGACGCCGCGUGGAUGGUGAUCAUGCGAAAGAGCAACCUGAGCGUCGUCCACGCGACGGAGAUUCCGAGGAUGAGCACGUAUCACUUCGCGACGGCGUACGAACGCGAGAGCGACGGCACCCUCCACGUGCUCGUGAACCGGCUCAUCGGCCCGCGACCGGAGCUCGAGCGCAACUUCUCGGACAUGUACGCCGCGGUGUGGUCCGCGCCCGGGUACAACACGCUGUGCGACUACGUCGUGGACUUGAAAUCCGGGAAGUUGCUGUCGUCGGAGCCGGUGGUGCCGCCAACCGUGGGCGGCGCGCGCGGCGGCGACGCGCGGUCGGGGCAGCUGCCGAUGGAGUUCCCCGUGAUCGCUCGCGCCGCGCGCGGGCGCGCGCCGGAGUACGUGUACACGCUCGGGUUCAGCGGCGGCGGCGCGGGGUACUUCGACGCGAUACAGAAGCUGCGUCUCGGGUCGGGGACGCACGCGACGCGGAUUUCGCCGCCGGGGACGUUUCCGUCGGAGGUGGAGUUCGUCCCGCGCGGGGACGGCUCGGGGGACGAGGACGACGGGUAUCUGCUCUACGUGGAGUACGACGCGAGCGCGCACAAGAGUUCCGUGGUGAUACUCGACGCGAAGGACGUGGAAGGGGACGUCGUGGCGAGGAUACGGCUGCCGUUUCACGUCCCGCACACGUUUCACGGGACGUACAGAGCGAACGCGGCGCUAUGAUCGCGACGCUCCCUUUCGUUCGUUUGUCGCACGCAUACGAACACGAAUACGAGUUCUAAUAAGAGGCUACGUGUCCUUCC